GCAAAACCUCAACCCUCCUCACUCCCCGGUCACAACGCAAAGAUGCGCUACAUCCACAGUGAGGAGACCCUCGAGGUCCCCGAGAAUGUCAAGGUUUCGAUCAAGUCGAGACUGGUCACAGUCGAGGGCCCCAGAGGCAAGCUCACCAAGGACCUGAGCCACAUCGCCGUCAACUUCUCGGUCCUGAAGAAGAACGUGAUCGGUAUUGAGAUUCACCACGGCAGCCGCAAGAACGUUGCCGCCCUCCGUACCGUCCGGACUAUCAUCAACAACCUGAUCAUCGGCGUCACAAAGGGCUUCAAGUACAAGAUGAGAUAUGUCUACGCCCACUUUCCGAUCAACGUGAACGUGGAGAAGAAUGCCGAGACUGGCAACUUCGAGGUCGAAAUCCGGAACUUCAUCGGCGAGAAGAUUGUCCGGAGGGUUGUCAUGCAACCCGGUGUCGAGGUCGAGAUUUCCAAGGCACAGAAGGACGAGCUGAUCCUCAGCGGUAACUCUCUCGAGGGCGUUUCCCAAAGCGCCGCCGACAUCCAACAGAUUUGCAGAGUGCGGAACAAGGAUAUCCGGAAGUUCUUGGACGGUCUUUACGUCUCGGAGAAGGGUAACAUUGUUGAGGAGUGAUGGACAUGCGGCCAUGGGUUUCUUUGUGCUUUAUGGGUCUCACCGGAGUGGCAAGGGGUCAUCGGCAUUUGCAUGUUUUGUAGCGUAAAAAGUCGCUACUGCAAAAUGGGCAACCUUCUGAACCACGGGUCUGGAACAAACCAAUAUCGCGUUCAUGAUGAAGCACGUCUUGAGCUAAUCGGGAGCUAUUUUCCGACGGUCAGGCUGGUUUGAGUUGAUGAUUCAACCAUAGCCCAAUUCAUACCCUCUUCGGCAAUCUAUCUUGUCACCGGGAGCGCCAAUGUUGUCUCUGGUCAACGCCUCCAUGUGGGACGGAUGAAAUAUUGACACAAAUGCGAAGAUGAAUCGGAUUGUGAUGGCAGGAGGGGGUGAAUUUUACUCAGAUUCCGUGAAAAUGAUACUACGGAAAACUUCCACCCAGUCAGAAUUGUGCAGCCAGUCUCAUGGUACAGCCUCCUUUUACACGUACCCGGCUCGCCGUUAUCUCAUUCC